AUCAACAGGUUGGAAUUUGUGUUGCGGGAGGGCUCUGUGUGCCUGAAAACAGUCGUGCUUUUGUGCAUGGUUGCGAUGACUGCGACUUAGAUAACGACAAGAAUUUUGUGUGUGGUUCACUGGGUGCUUGGAUAUUUGUUCAGAGGCGCGGCCGCCCCGUCGCCAUGGGCACCGAGCGUGAGUACGUGUUGAAGUGGCACAGCUUCUCGAGCACAAUCCAAGGCGUGUUCCGCCGACUGCUGGAGAACUCUGCGUUUGCCGACGUGACCCUGGCCGUGGAGAACCAGACGCUGCAGUGCCACCGGCUGGUGCUGUCGGCCUGCUCCACCUACUUCGAGACGCUGCUCACCAACCACCCGCACCCGCACCCCAUCAUCAUCCUGCACGACAUCCCGCACAUCGUGGCGCAGGCGCUCGUCAAGUUCAUGUACAGUGGCGAGAUUCGCCUGCCCCAGAACCAGCUGCCGAGCUUUCUCAAGGUGGCCGAGACGCUGCGCAUCAAGGGUCUGACCGAGACGGACGGCCACAGCGCCGACCGCUGCCUGGACGCCUCGCAGCCGCCCCCGCUCAUCCCGGCCACGGUGGCCGCCACCAGCAUGACGCCGGCCGCC